UAGGUACUGCUCAAAAAAAAAAAAAAAAAAAUCUAGACAGACCCUUGGAAUAUAAUGUCUGAAAGAAAAUACAUACAUCCUCAAGCUCUCCAGAAAAUGAUAGUAACGAAAAGAAAACAAGUAUCAGAGCUUCAAGAACAAUGUAAAGAGCAUGGAAUCAAAACAAGGAGUAGGAAUACUAUUGAAGAUUUGAAUUUACAAUAUUUGAAUUUAAAAGCUGAAAAUAAAGUGCUGAAAAAUAGUAAUCCGAAUGUCAUUCCUAGGUGCAAAACACUGCUGUUUGAGUGGGUUCAUCAAAAACUGCAAGAGGAUGUCAAAAAUUUGGAAGAAUUACUUUCAUUUCAAAAGGAUAUGAAGAAAAUAACUCUUGAAAAAGAAUCAGAGUUAAAGAAAAUAUGUCAGGAAGACACUCACCAAUUUUCGAAGGAAUUUGAGGAUGCGAAAGAAACUGAAAACUUCAGGUCUGAGAUUCUGAUAUAUUUACAUGAAAAACUGAUCCGUAGGAUGAGAAGAAUUACUAGAGAAUAUUUUCCUGCUGUCGCUAUUAAUCAAAGACAGGAUAUUGGGGAUAGUUUAAAGCAAGGCAAAAGCUUGUUUUCAAUUCUACAGGCAUUAUUUCCUGAUUUAAAAGAGAAUACUCUUAAACCAGAUGAGUGGGAAAAAGUAGAAGGAACUUAUAUUAGGACAUCUUAUCCCCAGGAGUACCUGGAAUUAUUGCUCGCGAGUGAAAUCGUUUACAUCGAUGACGAAAGACCCAAUUUUAUGAAAAUUAUGACAAAGUGAAAUUAUUCAUUGGUGUAAAAUUCAUUUGUAAAUAUUUUUCAUGUAUGACAAUUAUUAUUGAAGUGCAAGACUCUUGUAAAACUUCUUUUAGAAUUAAAAUUUUUGUAAAUAAAAAUCUCUUGUAAAUUG